CUACUACUACUUCGUUCUUCGUUCGCAAUCUAACACUUCUUCCCUCUGGCUUUCCCCCAACGACUUUUCUACGAUAAACCCCACUCAGUCAGUCACACUCCGAUACACACUCCAUCUCUCUUCCGAGCUCAAUUUGGCCGUCAAUGGCGGCCACCGAUGCUCAAACCUCUCUCCGUCACGCAUUCGGUAACGUCCUCGCGUUCUUCAUCCUGAUCUUGAUCGGUGUUCUCGCUUUCUCGAUCCGUCUUUUCUCCGUUAUAAAGUACGAGAGUGUUAUUCAUGAAUUCGAUCCUUAUUUCAACUACAGAGUCACUCAGUUUUUGACAAAGAAUGGGAUAUAUGAUUUCUGGAACUGGUUUGAUGACCGAACUUGGUAUCCCCUUGGUCGUGUAAUCGGUGGGACUGUCUAUCCUGGUUUGACCUUGACAGCAGGCACCUUGUGGUGGAUAUUGAAUUCCUUGAACAUACCUCUCUCGGUUGAAACUGUCUGUGUAUUUACUGCACCUAUAUUCUCAGCCUUUGCUUCGUGGGCAACUUAUCUAUUAACAAAGGAGGUUAAGGGUCCUGGGGCUGGCUUGACAGCAGCCGUUCUUUUAGCUAUGGUCCCGUCAUAUAUUUCUCGAUCAGUGGCAGGAAGCUAUGAUAAUGAAGCUGUUGCUAUAUUUGCUCUGAUCUUCACUUUCUAUCUCUAUAUUAAGACACUGAAUACAGGGUCCCUCUUUUAUGCCACUUUGAACUCAAUAGCAUACUUCUACAUGGUUUGCUCAUGGGGAGGAUACACUUUUAUCAUUAACCUUAUUCCAAUGCAUGCACUAUUGUGCAUAGUUACUGGCCGCUAUUCUUCUCGACUUUAUAUUGCAUAUGCACCUCUUAUUGUAUUGGGCACACUGUUGGCCGCAUUGGUACCUGUUGUUGGAUUUAAUGCUGUAAUGACGUCAGAGCACUUUGCAUCAUUUCUGGUUUUCAUUCUCAUCCACGUGGUUGCUCUUGUAUAUUAUAUUAAAGGAAUACUGUCACCAAAAAUGUUUAAAGUAGCUGUGGCGCUAGUUGUUUCUGGUGGCCUGGCAGUAUGUUUUGCAAUGAUAGCAGUACUUGUUGCAAUGGUAGCUUCAAGCCCAACAAUGGGAUGGAGUGGAAGAAGUUUAAGUCUCUUAGAUCCUACAUAUGCAAGCAAGUACAUACCAAUCAUUGCUAGUGUUAGUGAGCAUCAGCCGCCUACUUGGCCUUCUUACUUUAUGGACAUUAAUGUCUUGGCAUUUUUGGUUCCAGCUGGCAUUAUCGUGAGUUUCUUUUGUGCAAAAAUCGUCUGUUUGAUUUUCUCAUGUUAUUCUGUUGAGUUCUUAACCAAGUCACGUUGGUCCUUACUGCUGCAGGCAUGCUUUUCGCCUCUAUCUGAUGCAAGCUCUUUUGUGAUACUUUAUAUUGUUACAUCGGUGUAUUUUUCUGGUGUCAUGGUUCGCCUGAUGCUUGUACUUGCUCCAGCGGCUUGCAUCUUGUCCGGGAUUGCUCUUUCUCAAGCUUUUGAUGUUUUCACUAGAUCAAUUAAGCUUCAGCUCCCCAGUCUAUCAAUUGAUUCUCCUGUUGAUGCUGGAGAUGGCAGUUCUGAAAGUGUUGUGCCGGAUGAUACUGUGAAGACUGAUAAAACGGAGGACACACAAAAGGAACGGACCUCAAAGAAGAGCCGGAGCAGGAAGAGCAGCUCUGAAAGUGUUGAAAAGCCUUCUAGCAAGUCACAAAUUAAGAAAAGGCUUUCAGUUUUACCUCUGGAAACAUCCAUCAUUGCUAUUGUCUUACUUGUAUUGCUUGGUGCCUUCUAUGUGGUUCACAGUGUAUGGGCAGCAGCAGAAGCUUAUUCAGCCCCUUCUAUCGUUCUAACAUCGCAUUCACAUGAUGGACUUCAUGUUUUUGAUGAUUUUAGAGAGGCUUAUGCUUGGUUAAGUCAUAACACGGAAGUAGAUGACAAAGUGGCAUCUUGGUGGGAUUAUGGAUACCAAACAACUGCAAUGGCUAACCGAACUGUUAUUGUUGACAAUAAUACCUGGAAUAACACACAUAUUGCUACUGUUGGUACUGCAAUGUCUUCUCCAGAAAAGGCUGCUUGGGAAAUUUUCCACUCUUUGGAUGUCAAAUAUGUUCUUGUUGUCUUUGGAGGAUUGGUGGGGUAUCCUAGUGAUGAUAUUAAUAAGUUCCUGUGGAUGGUUCGCAUUGGAGGGGGUGUAUUCCCUCACAUAAAGGAACCUGAUUACUUGAGGGACGGUCAGUAUCGAAUUGAUAAUAUGGCCACACCAACAAUGCUUAACUGCCUCAUGUAUAAACUUUCAUACUACAGAUUUGUGGAGACAGACGGUAAAGCUUUUGACAGAGUGAGGCGGACGGAGAUUGGAAAGAAACAUUUCAAACUUACGCAUUUUGAAGAGGUGUUCACAACCCACCAUUGGAUGGUGCGGAUAUACAAGUUGAAACCUCCAAAGAACAGGAUUCGGGGGAAGACUAAAAAAUCAAAAUCUAAAGCAAACCCAAAGACCGUCUCGAAAAGGAAAGAACUGAAAAGGAACCCUUUUUAGUUUAGUUAUCGGUUUCUUUAUUAGUUGGUAAGCAUAUUUAUUAGUACGCACUUUAUGUACACAUGUAUACAGCUAAUAGAAAGGUCAUGAAGAGAUUUUGCCGGCUUUGUUAGUUACUCUCUUGAGCAUCAAAUGAUGAAACAAUUUUUGUAAUUGCAUGUUUUGAAUGGUGAAGAUCUCAUUUUUAGGAUUAAGAUGCCCUUGAGCAAAAUGAUUUCUUUGACA